UAAUAAACCCCCCAGAGGGUGUGUAUUCGGACUCGUCCCGAGCCGACGCCAGAGUAGCCUUGACGGUGCCAGAUCGCGGGCCGCCGCUUCUAGCCCUGAGUCAAGAGCCGGGGUCUCGGGAGAUCCAGGACAGCCUCCGCUGAAGGCACAGCAUCCAGGACAGGGGUCUGAACAUGAAGCCUCAACCGCAGAGGGGCCACAGUGCCGAUGCCGACACCCACGCGGUCGUUGCGGGCUUCCUCAGGCUGGGGUUCAAGGAGAAUUGGGAAGAAGCGCACGAGGCCGAGCCCGCGAAGAUCUCGUUUCCUAGAGAGAGGGGAGAGGAGCCGAAGGCUCAGUCCGAAACUGAGCAGGGAGCAGCCGCGGAGGGGAAAGAGGCAGGAUAUGAAGAAGGAGAAGGAAAGGAAGGCGGCGAUGUGGGCGCGGGAGAUGCGGGCCCCCAGGAUGGGGAAAGUCGCGAGGCCAAGGCUGAGGCGGGCGCGGGCGGCGGCGAAGGCGGAGAGAAUGGCGGGGAGGAGCAGCGCCCGGGAGCCGCCGUCGAGCUUCGGAAGGCGGCAGACGGGCGCCGCCGAGUCCGCCAGCACACCUUCACGCUGGAGCAGCUGUGGGAGUUGGAGGGAGUUUUCCACCGCACUCCGUAUCUCGACGAGGCCAUGCAACAGGAGCUUGCAAGACGCAUGGGAGUGACUGAAGAUAGAAUACAGGUGUGGUUUAAGCGUAGAAGGACCAAGUGGAGGAACUGUCAGAGAGCACUGAGGUUCAGAGAUGCGCCCCCUCUGCGCCGGGCCCACCCUGUGGCCACCAACUGGGGUGGACCCUGCAACACCAUCCUCAUUCAGGAGCCGAAUUGGGUCUGGGUCCUUCUGGAGCCGAUGCCCCUGGAGCCGAUGCCCCUGGAGCCGACACCUCUGGAGCUGACGCCCCUGGAGCCAACGCCCCUGGAGCUGAUGCCCAUGCCGCCCAUGCCCCCCAUGCUGGCCUUGCUGCCCAUGCCACCAUUACCCCCUCUGUUUCUGCCUCUGCCCUGGUUUCUACCACCCCCCAUUCACCCCGGCUGCCCUCACAUGGCCUUGCCUGGUCCCCUACCACCAGUGGCCUUUCUGUAGCCCCGUUUCCUCUUGAAUGGUCUCCAAGACAGCUUUGUCGAAAGUGCCUUUGAGCCAGAUUGAAGUUCUGAUACCUCACCAUCAAGCACACAGUGCCUGCCAAGUGCCUGCCAAGUGUGUUACAUACACGUGCCGAGUCAUUGACCCACUGUUUUAGGGCACAUUUUCUGUAUUUUCAAUAAAGUUGUGAAAUCUCUGCA